UUUUUGUUGUUUUGUACAAAUGUGCAAUGUGCAUCAUUAUAAAUUUACAUUUGAUUUAGCUUAUUUCAUUCAUUUGGUGCAAAUUAUGCAAUUUUUGUCGAUUUUUUAACAUUGGUGGAUAAUAUGUGAACUUUUGAACAUGCCGACAUGAACUUAUUUAAAAUUCAUCUGGCAACAUUGGCAUUGAGUAUCAACUUCCUUCAGCAUAGUGAGAGCAUACAGUGUUAGCAUCUAUUGUUUAGAGCAUAUUACAAAACAAAACUAAACAUUUCUUCAGUGUUUGUGUAUGAGAAGCGUAAAAACCUAAACCAUAAGCAUGUUUGCUUCAAACCUUAUGUCAUUGUUGUCGCUAGUUUUGCUGAUAUCAUUGAUUUUUCAAUGUAAGGGUAAGGACGAUGUUUUUGAUCAUAAUGUCAAGAGAGUUUGGAAAAUGGGAUAUACAGGCAAGAAUAUAACCAUCGCUGUCGUUGAUUCUGGAUUGAGAUUUACUCACAAAGAUCUAACUGCAAGCUACGAUCCCAAGCUGAGUUAUGACUUUGCAAAUAAUGAUAAAUAUAUUUCAAAUUCUGACGAGUCUGGUACAAAUUGUGCUGGAAUAAUUGCUGGUGCUGUUGGAAACAAAAUCUGCGGUGAUGGCAUUGCUUUUAAUGCAAAAAUUGCAGGCAUUCAAGUAAUUUCUUCAAGUUUUCCAAAUGACACCGUUCUUGCUCAAGCUAUGUUCCCAUUUCAUGGUCGCGGCAUCGAUAUUUUUUCAAACAGUUGGGGUCCUCCCGAUACUGGAUUCAUAGUCCAAGGUCCAGGCCCUUUGACCGAGCUUGCAUUUCAAAAUGGUGUAGCAAAGGGACGCAAUGGUCGUGGUUCAAUCUAUGUCUUCUCCUCUGGAAAAGGUGUAGUUUUCGGAGAUAACUGCGCUUUCAACGGGUUCGUAAACAAUAUCCAAACGAUUGCUGUUGCUGCUCUUAACAGAAAUGGAAUGCCGUCGAUUAAAUCUGAACAAUGCAGUGCUGUCAUGACAGCUGCUGUUUGUGGAAAUUGGGUGACUACAUCGGCUGCAAACGACAAAGCUUGCACCACCAAAUUUGGUGAAACCUCAUGCGCUGCUGCUGUGGUGUCCGGAAUAAUAGCACUUGGUCUUCAAGCGAAAAAUUCGUUAACUUGGCGAGAGGUUCAGCAUCUGAUUGUGAGGUCAAGCCGAAUGGACAAUGUUCAUGGGAAUGUGAAGAAAACAUUGAACAAAGCAGGAUUUUUAGUGAGCAACCAAGUGGGAUUUGGUUCUCUUGAUGCCUCAUUAUUUGUAAAGAAUGCCAAAAAAUUCAAUCAAACACUGCCCUCGCAAUUGAAAUGUGAAGUUACUGUUUCUUCUGUGCCACUGACAUCUCACACCACGACGUUUAAUGUUUCAAUCAACAAAUUGAACUGCAAAAGUGGGAUCAUAAACCAUCUCGAGCACGUUGUGGCAACGUUUGACGUUGAUUAUUUUAAACGCGAUGUCCUUAGCGCUUAUAUUCAAUCGCCAAGUGGCACUUUGUCAAAAGUCAUUAGUGCUCGCUCGAUGGAUUCCCUUACAUCGGCAAGAAGGUUCACUAACUUGAAAACACUAAGUCUUCAUUUUUGGGGUGAGCCUUCGUUUGGAUCUUGGAAAAUUUCUUUAAAAAAUGAAAUCCCCUUUUUUGGGUUUGGCAAGGGUACAAUUUAUCGAUUUCGUCUUUCCCUGUAUGGCACGGCAGACGCCCCAUUUAACAACACAUCAGGUGAUAAUUGUCAGCAACACAAAAAAGUCCAACUUCUGAAGGCGAUGGAUCUUAUGCUUUCCAAAACUUUCAAGAUUCCAAUGCUUGGGGAUAUUGCAUUUGACAUUGAAGAUCUAAGGCAAUUUGUCGGAAUUAGCUUUGGUAGAAGACGUUGUGCUAUCACUCAACUGGAAGUAGCAUCUACGAAGGCUUUUGAUAAACAUGGCCGCCAUUUUUCGAGAAAAUUUCAAUGGUCGAACUUGAUCACACUCUACGGCGAUGCGAUCAGGAAUAUCGAAUACUACGUACAUAGUUUUGAGCAGCUAGCAAUAACUUAUCCAUAUACGCAUGCCCAAGAACAAAGAACAUUUGCUAGGAAAGUUCUUGAACCUGAUGGAGUUGCAAAAUGGCUGUAUGACAUAAAUUUUCUUUUCCUUGGAAGAAGAGGAACACCUUUGACAGCUCAUCAACCUCUUAUGAUCGUCUUCAUGAACAGAUACAGUAAUGAAUCAUGUCUGCAGCCAUAUAAAGCUGCUGUUGACAAUAUUUGGCGACAAUUAGUACUUCUUCAACAAAUGGGCUUUAUGCUGUGGGCCAAGGCACUUGAUGUAAUGGGAAGGUCAUCGAUGCAUCUUGCAAAACUGUAUGAUUUACGUACAUCUGCUCAGGUAUCGAAAUUCAUCAGCUCCACGUGCAAAUAUAGCAUUCCUCAUUCAGUGACAGUGCAGUGUCGCGGAGGACGAUAUAUACAUCCAUCAUUGGUUAUAAAAAAUGAGUGCAAAAGGAACUAUUAUUUGUCAGGACAUGUUAAGACGACUUGUUUGAAAAGACAGUCUGAAUGCUUGGCAUGUUCGUGUUAUGCAAAUGGCACUGUCUUCACUAGCAUUCUAGUCAAUGAUACACAAAAAAGCGUUAGUACAGGGUUUCAGUGCGCUGAUCAAACUGGGCAGUGCAAGUGCAAGCCCAAUUAUUACGGCAAGAGCUGCGAUAAACGCGAUUGUAUGUGGACAUCUUGGUCGAAAUGGUCUUCAUGUUCCAAGGCAUGUGAUUACGGGGGCGUUACAAAAAGAGUUAGAUCACAUAAAGUUGUUCAGGUGGGAAAAGGAAGACCAUGCAUCGGAUCAAAUGAAAAAAGCAAGCCUUGUUUCCUUGGUUGCUGUAGCGGACAGUUUCACUGUUCCAACACAAAAAAAUGCAUACCUCAAAGUUACCGAUGCAAUUACAGACGUUAUCAGUGCGGGGAUAACCAAGAUGAAUUGUCUUGUCGCGAAUCAUGUACUUCUCGCCACACACCCUUCAAUUCAGAUGGUGGUGGUAGUAUGUUUUAUCUUGAUCGCCAUCACCUGAACUGCGGAGGCAGCGGUAACGUCAUGCAAUCAUUUAGGUUCAAUCGAAAUCAAAACCACCAAUUCAGAUAUACCUAUACAUGCUGCAGGCUCACUAAAACAGUGUGUUCUAACUCUACCAGACGAAAUGGAUACACCUUUGCAGGCAAUGGUGAUACUCGUUAUUUGGACAGACAAACAGUUUCAUGUGGCAGUAACGGGCUUCUAUCGAGCUUUCGCUUAGAAAGAAGAAACGGAGAUGUGAGAUAUAGUUACAACUGCUGUUUUUUUUCUGGCUUUAAAUCUUCUUGUUAUAAUAGGUAUACUGCAUUUAGCGAUGAAGGAAGUGGUAGAAAUUACUAUCUGGACAGGCAUCAUAUUCAAUGCCCAAACAGAUAUUUUCUAACAUAUUUCAGAUUGACGCGAUCUCCCCCUAAUUAUGGGUAUCACUAUCGUUGUUGUCAAAUUCGUGGCUGAAUGGGAUUUUUUAAGAUGGCUUGUAAUGUUUUACAAGGAACUAAAUUAUAUUUCUUUAAUUCAAUAUUCGACGACGUCCAAUGAAAAAUUACAAUCAGUAGGAAAUUACAGAAGUAGGAAAGGUAGGAAAGGUAGGGCUCUUGCUGCUGUAUGUCUGUUUCAUUUUCCCAAAUUAUCAACAAAAAUUUUGGUACAGGUAGUUUUGACAUUUAUCGUCUUGAUAAUUCUUUUCGUGUAUUAUUACAUUUUCUACUUUACACUAUCA